AAGCCACGCACUAGAGUGGACUGUACUGAGUUUGUACAUUUACCAGGGGGACACAUUCAACGUUGGGCAGGGGGACUAAUUUACCUGGAGGGGGACAGAUCUACCAAGGUAAAUGUGUCCCCCCUGAACAGAUUUACCGGCCGGGUCACGAGCCGGUAAAUUUGUCCGGGGGACAUAUUUACCAGGAGGGACAGGAUAAACUUUACAGACGGUCCCUCACAUGGCUCGUUCAUCGGUUCAUAGAGAAAGGAUCGGCUUAACCUCCAUGCCCAGCAUGAAAGUUCACACUCGGGUUAAAUAUUAUAGCUACACAAUAGCGGAGAGCAAGUUCCUUGCAAUCGUGUACAAAAUCUCAGCCUUAAACCAUCAACGCACGAACACGCGCUAGGCCUAUAAACGCAGGGACGGUUUUCAGAGGAACCCGCGUUUAUAAGCAAACCACUUGAUCGUUUGUGAACUCUGUUACUUAGGCUAGUUGUUAUCAUGAGUGUUGCCGAACAAAUUCAGGCGUUGAUGCCGGACUUGAUCAACGGGAAAAGGCACCAACAGCUGGAGGAGGAGCUGGCGGAAAGUGACCAGCGGACGGGCCGCCAUGUCGUGAAUGGGAUCAAAUUCCCGUUCCAUGUAACGCGGUCCAAUCUGGAAGCCAUGAAGACCUUUGAAGUGCGCGAUGACGACGUAUUCGUCUUUUCCUAUCCAAGAUCAGGCACCCACUGGAUGUUAGAAAUAGUCGGUUUUAUUCUCCACGAUGGGAAAGACGAUUUCGACCGUACUUUCAUGACAAAUGGUUUAGAGUUCUCGCUGGCAGAAGACCCGACGAAAGUUGAGAGUGUGACCCCCGGGUACAAGACGUACGCAGCUAUGGCAUCGCAACGGUGCAUCUUAAGCCACUGCUUGGAGAGUUAUCGACCUCCUCAAAUCUUGACUAAGCAACCUAAGGUGGUGUACGUGGCCCGGAACCCAAAAGACACACUCGUUUCUUUGUCCAAGUGGGCGCCGUUUUGGGAUUUCGCUGAAUUCUUCUGGGCAUUCAGUCUGGGCAAAACGGUUUUCGGAUCUUGGUUUGAUCAUGUUCUCAGCUAUUGGAGGCAGCGGAACAAUGAGAACGUCCUGUUUCUGAAGUACGAAGAUCUCCACAAGGACCUCAGGGGAUCUAUCUGCAAAGUAGCUAAGCAUCUCGGGAAGGAUCUACCCCAUGACGUCAUCGAUGGCAUUGUGGAGCGCGUGACCUUUGGUGGGAUGCUGAAGACUUAUCAGCAUCUUGAGGAAGAGCGAGGGGAGGAGGGGAAACGAAUGACAAGUCACAAAGGCAAUACCUUUUUAAGAAAAGGAAAAGUCGGCGACUGGAAGAACCACUUCACAGUGGCACAGAGCGCCCUCUUCGACAAGAUCUACGCCCUGAGGAUGGAAGGGACCGGCUUGGAUUUUGACUUUGAGAUUUGAUUGGAGUAUACUGGAGAAACAUUCCCGAUCCUACUUUUCUAAAAUAACCUUGCAGGCUCUGAUAUUAAGGCUCCUUUAUACAUUACGUCAAAGCGCCCAAUUGGGCUACAAAACGCGUUUUCAACGAAAUGAUGUUAA